AUGAGCCUUAGCCCUCGAUAUCCCGGCGCCGAAGAAGAGGAGCGUGAACGGAAUGAGCGUUGGGAGGCUCGUGUUAAGGAACUCACUCUGCUCCCCGAUCCCAGACCACGCGCCUUAACGCCGGACCCAAACCUUCUAUCCAGCUCCAAUAACUCCACUGCUUCUGUCUCCGGUCCAAGGCCCAGGUAUCAAGAAACUUGCCUCUGGUUUCGAGUUCCACCAAAUAUCCGGAGUGACAUUCUUAGACUAGCAUUCGGAGAUACCCGCAUUCAUAUAAAUAUGGAGUACAACCGUCCGCAUAUUGCCCAUCCAGAGAGUUCUAGUCUUCACUGUGGGAUCGUUGUCGGUCCCGGAGAGUAUCCAGGUGAAGAAAUGCGGGUUCUCGAUAAAACUAAGCCAGCGACAUGGCGAUGGUGGAGUUCGAGAUGUCACCGCUCCUAUCCUGACGAGACAAAGAACCAAGGCCCUAUGACACGAGGAGGUGCUCCAGGGCCAUGGGUUGACAAUUGUCGCAACGGAGGUAACUCUAGUGUUUGCGAGGCAUGGAAGGAACAGGAAGGUUCUUCUGCGUGUCGCGUUGGCGUAAUGGGUUGGCUUCUUUCUUGUCGUCAGAAUUAUAUAGAGACUAUUGAUGUCUUGUACUCCACAAACACUCUGAUCUUACAAGGUUCACGCAUGAUCAAUCGUCUUUCACAGAUGCUCCUCCCUCAGCGUCUUGCCACAGUGACUUCUCUCGAAGUUAUCUGGCCCUUUAAGACCAACUUCACUCCCGACCAGGACUACGAUGAUCUGGAUCAAGGCCAUCUCAGAUCUGUGUUGGAUCUGCUGUUACCAUCACAAUUUCCUGCACUGCGACGACUUUACGUUGAAUUUCACGACGGUCAAGAAUGCUUCCUCGGGACUUCUGGCCUUGAGGUGUAUGAGGAGAUCAUUCUUCGACAAUUGGAUUCAUUCGCUCAGCGCAUGACUCACCUCACGGAAUGCGCUUUUGCACUGCCGGACUACUUCUUUCGACGUCUUCACUAUGAAGCCAGAGAAGAAGCUGUUGAGUGUAGCGAUGGCAUAAGGUCUUAUUAUAGUAGGAGGUCUUACCAGCAGGUCUGGCGAGACUUCAAUGGAAGCAUGGCGGCUGUGGUGUUGCCAUAUGUCGACAGCUAUCCCAAGCCUCCAUUCCAAGUGCUCCAAGAAGAUGAGCAAGCCGCUGGGUAUUGGAUUCUCGAAGCUUCGGAUGAAAAGAUAAUGGAUAGCCCAGAGGAGCCCGCCCACUGGUGUGGGUCGUCAUUGUGA